AGGGCGGGAUUGGCUCCAGCACGCCUUCCUGCUCCAGUCUGCAGGAAACGAGCUCUUUCAUAAUCAACUCUUAUUGCUCUGAUCGUUUGAAUAUGUUUACCGUUCUGCUUAUUUGCGGAGGACUCGUAGGGUUUUACCUGCUGCUGUGGGUGACGGUGUUUAAACUGCCAAAAUGCAAAAGCACAGCAAAACUGCACGGGAAGACGGUGAUCGUGACUGGAGCAAACACGGGUAUCGGCAAGGCCACCGCGCUGGAUCUGGCGAGAAGAGGAGCUCGUGUGAUUCUAGCCUGCAGGGAUGAAAGCAGAGCUCAGGCUGCUGUCACACACAUCCAGAUAGAAACAGGAAACAAAGAGGUGUUGUAUAUGCACUUGGAUCUGGGCAGUCUAAAGUCUGUGAGGUCUUUCGCCGAAAACUUUCUCAAGAAAGAAUCCAGAUUAGACAUUCUUAUCAACAAUGCAGGACUUGUAAUUGCUGGCAAGACUGAGGAUGGCUUUGGAAGGAUCUUUGGCGUCAAUCACCUCGGUCACUUCCUGUUAACCCUCCUACUGCUGGACCGGUUAAAAGAGUGCGGCCCCAGCAGAGUUGUGACUGUAUCUUCAAUGGCCCAUUGGUGGGGGAAAAUCGAUUUCAACUGCAUCAACACUCAUAAAGAUUUGGGUUUAGGAAAUUCAGCAGUGGGCUUACUGAAGUUGUACAGUCACAGCAAACUCUGCAACAUCCUCUUCACACACGAGCUGGCCAAGAGACUCCAAGGCACAAAAGUCACCUGCUACAGUCUUCAUCCAGGGGCCAUCAAAACAGACAUCGGUCGUCACAGCAAUCUAUGGUGGCGGCUGUUCAUGGCACCAUUUUUGCUGCUUUUCUUUUCGGAUGUGGAUUCCGGAGCUCAGACGUCUCUUCACUGUGCACUUCAAGAGGGUCUCGAGCCCCUGAGUGGAUGCUACUUCUCUAGCUGUGCAGUGCAGAAUGUUCCUGCUAAAGCCAGAGAUGAUGCAGUAGCCAAAAAGCUUUGGGAAGUCAGCGAGAGGCUUGUUGGUUUAGCAUGAGAGCAUCAGUUUCAUUACACCUGUAUAGAUGUGCACUUUCACAGUCUUAGUGGCACCUGUGGUCGACUGUAUUGGAUAAACCUUAUAAAAAGCCCGUGUAGACUACUUUGUGGUUCAUUACAUGCUCUGAACGCAGCAAACAGUCUGUUUAAUUCCUCUAAUAAAUCUGUUUUUUGAUUGUUUUA